AGUGAGUGCCUAAUCCAAGUCUUCUCCAUGCAUUUGUUUGGCUGCCUGGAGGUCUUCAUCCUGAUCCUCAUGGCAGUGGACCACUACGUGGCCAUCUGCAAGCCCCUGCACUACACGACCAUCAUGAGCCUCAGGGUCUGUGCAGUGUUGGUGGCCGUGGCCUGGGUGAGGUCCUGUGUGCAUUCCUUAGCUCAGAUUUUCCUGGCUUUGAGCCUGCCUUACUGUGGUCCCAACGUGAUCGAUCACUAUUUCUGUGACCUGGAGCCCCUGCUGGAACUCACCUGUGCAGACACCUACGUGGUCAACCUGCUGCUGGUGUCCAAUAGUGGGGCCAUCUGUACAGUGAGCUUUGUCUUGCUGAUGUUCAACUAUGCUGUCAUCCUGCAUUCUCUCAGAAACCACAGUGCUGAAGGGAGGAGAAAAGCCCUCUCCACCUGCAUCUCCCACAUCACUGUGGUUGUCUUGUUCUUUAUACCAUGCAUAUUCAUCUACACACUCCCUGCCACCACCUUCCCCAUGGAUAAGAUGGUAGCUGUGUUUUACACGGUUGGGACAGCUCUGCUCAACCCUCUGAUUUACACACUGAGGAAUACAGAAGUGAAAAACGCCAUGAGGAAAUUGUGGAGCAAGAAACUGAUCUCAGAUUUAAGAUGA